CCCAAACAAAGCAAAGAGAAGAAAGUGACGAUUCUUUAGAAGAAGGAGAGCUUAGAAUAGAAGAACCAAGUGUACCGACUCCAAAAAAUACACCUCCAAGAGACCGAUCUAGUCAAAUAAGGACAGUACCUCAUACUCCUGAAGCCAACCAAGUAGCUCUAAGAAAAACACGAUCUGAUGAAGCGCUUAACUUAAAACAAAAAGGAAAAGAACCCGAGCAACUUUUUGUACCUCAACCACUAGUCCGGCAAAAGAAAAAGGUCCCAGCAGCAAAACCUGUACCUCCAGUAAAUCCAGCGCCUGUUCCACUUCCAGUACCCCAAGUUCAACCCGCUUUACAAAACGAUGACGAAGCAGACGAAUUGGCACACGUAACGUACCCAGUUUUUAAUGGUCCUAAUCCCCGGAAUUGGUUUACAGCCAAUAAUAAUAUUUCGGUUGAAUUGUCUACCCUUGGAAAAGUAACUAUUCAAUGA